UAAAGGUUCUGGGUCACAAUGUUGCCACCAGCCACACACACAAACUUUGGACUUGUGCUAGAGGGGCAAGAGGGGACAAAAGCAACAGCUGAAGAAGGCGACGUUAAGAACUCAAAAUGUCUACCACUAUACCAAAAGACAAGUACAAGUCUGUGUGGCUGAUCUUCUUCAUGCUGGGCUUGGGGACGCUCCUCCCAUGGAACUUCUUCAUGACGGCCUCCAUGUACUUUACAGGGCGUCUGAAGGAGCCAUCUUCUCCGAACCCCGCUGCCAAUCAAAGUGCUGAGGCUGAGGCGGAGCAUACGCCCAGCCUCCUUGAAUCAAAGUUCAAGAAUGUGAUGACGCUGUGUGCCAUGGUGCCCCUCCUCAUCUUCACCUGCCUCAACUCUGUUCUCCACUCCCUGAUCCCUCAGAAGCUGCGAGUGAUGGGCAGUCUAGUUCUCAUCAUGGCCGUCUUCAUGGUUACAGCCGUCCUGGUCAAGGUGGCCAUGGACCCCCUUCCCUUCUUCACUGUCACCAUGCUGAAGAUUGUCAUCAUCAACUCGUGUGGCGCGGUUCUGCAGGGCAGCCUGUUCGGCAUGGCAGGCCUGCUCCCCGCCUCCUACACCACUCCCAUCAUGAGCGGCCAGGGGCUGGCCGGCACCUUCGCAGCCGUCGCCAUGAUCUGCGCCCUGGCUAGUGGAUCUGCCAUUGACGAUGCAGCGUUUGGAUACUUCAUAACAGCCUGUGUUGUCAUAUUUUUCUCUGUUCUCUCCUAUAUCGCACUCCCAAAAAUGGAGUUCUACCAACAUUACCAGCAGAUCAAGGCCAGUCCUGCAGACUGCAACGAAGGGACCAGCCUCAACCCAAUGAAGAGCGACAGCCAGUGCCAAGACGUGUCCAAGCCCAGCAUCUCCAUGAUGACUAUCUUCAAGAAGGUCUGGGUCCUAGCGGUCUCCGUGUGCUUCAUCUUCACCGUCAGCAUAGGAACGUUUCCCGCCAUCACGUCGGACGUCCAGACGACUAUCGGGGCGGGAACUUCCUGGGAGCGAUACUUCAUCCCGGUCUGCUGCUUCCUGCUCUUCAACGGGAGUGACUGGUUUGGUCGCAGCCUCACUGCCGUGUGUAUGUGGCCAGGGGGAGAGGGUCGGCUGCUGCCCAUGCUGGUGGCAUCCCGGGUGCUGUUCGUUCCUCUCUUCAUGAUGUGCAACGUCCAGCCCAGAGCCUACCUGCCGGUGCUGUUCCCCCACGACGCCUGUUACAUUCUCUUCAUGGUGCUGUUUGGCUUCAGCAACGGAUACCUGGCCAGCCUCUGCAUGUGCUUCGGGCCCAAGAAGGUGGCGCCGCACGAGGCAGAGACUGCGGGGGCGGUAAUGGCGCUGUUCCUGUCGAUGGGUCUGGCCCUCGGAGCGUCCUUCUCCUUCCUAUUCAGAGCACUCGUUUGAAGCCACCUGCCAACCAGUAUAUGUUUUUUAUGUGUAGAAUCGUGUUGAAGAUGCAUUUUUAUUGAGCUCAUUGUUAGUGUUAU